CAAUGGAGCGUGUAUAACACAUCCACACAGUUCAGUUAAAUUGAGCAGUUGGAGACAGUAAAGAUAGGUUUACUUUUCACACAGAGCUGAGGAAAGUGGGAUACCACCAGAGAGUCACACCUUUCAGAUGGGAGUGGAGAAAAUCAUGACCUGCCUAUAAAGCCUUCUGGCUUCUUGCUUUCCAUCAUCUUACUUGUUGUUGUCACAGAAGUAAACCGACGCCACGAUGCUGACUUUUAUCCAGCUGAUAAUUUUGCUUUUUUGGACGAGCAUUAGCUCAGCUGAUGCAGAGAGACUUUUCCAUAAUCGUGAUCAUUCUGAUGUGCAGAACCUGAAUUCGCACCAAGCUGAGGUUAUAUCAGACAAAUAUGGAUUCAUUAAGCCGGUGAACUGGGAGGAGAUCCAGUUUGAAGACCCAGACACCUCUUUUAAUGAAGACUUCCUGGAUGAUCUUCAAGACACGAUCCAGGAAGGAACCUUGGUGCAUCAUUCAAGGGAUGUUCCUCGGGACAGCGAUCAAAAUGACCAGGACAGCCUAACUGAGAGCCAAGCGUUUAUUUCAGCUCUUGAAGAGUUUCAGAAGGUGUCGGGCCUGCCUGUCACUGGUGUGUUCGAUGAGGCUACGAAGGUGGCGAUGAACAAACCGAGGUGUGGAGUCCCUGACAAGGAGAUUGACCUAAACGCCCCUGUGGCACCUGAGAACAGUAGUGCCUCAGAUACUGCAAACAGUUUCAGUGACACUUUUAAUGAGACUGACAGUAACAACACAGCAAGUAAUAGUUUUGGUACUGCUAACUCCUUUGAAGAUGACAUAUUCAGUUUUAAUGAAACAGAAAGUGCCGUCACAGCCAUUUCCAAUGACACCAGCAAUGACACUAAAGACUUUAACUCAUUUGAUCACAUUUUAAAUGACACUUCCCUAAACAGUUCACAUGGCAUCAACAUGGACGGUCAAACCUUAAAUAUAAGCUCGAAUACCCGUCAGAGUGAAGCAGUGCGGCGCAGGAAACGCCACCUUGCCACUCUAGUAUCCAAAAACAGGCGCAAGAGAGAUUUGAGCGAAACGGGCUACAUGGCCUUUUCUAAGAGGGUGCUGAAAUGGAGGCUGAUAGGAGAAGGCUACAGCAGCCAGUUGUCUGUUGAAGACCAGAGGUACAUCUUCAGACUGGCCUUCAGGAUGUGGAGCGAGGUGUCUCCACUGGAGUUUGUUGAGGAUACACAUUCCCCACUGGAGGAUGUUGAUAUCAGGCUGGGCUUUGGUACAGGAAGGCAUCUGGGUUGUAAUCAGAGGUUUGAUGGCAGUGGUCAAGAAUUUGCCCACGCCUGGUUCCUGGGUGAUAUACACUUUGAUGACGACGAACAUUUCACUGGUCCCAAUGCUGGCAGUGGGAUCAGCCUUCUCAAGGUGGCAGUUCAUGAGAUUGGCCAUGUUUUGGGUCUCCCUCACAUCUACAGACCAGGCUCUAUAAUGCAACCCAGCUAUCUGCCCCAUGAGUCAGGCUUUGAGGUGGACUGGACGGACAGGAAAGCCAUACAGCACCUCUAUGGGGGCUGUAAAGGUCCAUUCAACACAGUAUUUGAUUGGAUCAGAAAGGAAAAGACACCCUAUGGGGAGGUGGUUAUCCGCUUUAACACCUAUUUCAUGAGAGACGGCUGGUAUUGGCUGUAUGAGAACAGAAAUAACCGAACACGCUAUGGAGAUCCAGUUGCACUGCAGAUUGGCUGGCGUGGAAUUCCCAUGGAAGGAGUGGAUGCGUUUGUGCAUGUGUGGUCCAGAAAAAGAGAUGCUGUUUACUUCUUUAAAGGUACUCAGUUCUGGAGGUAUGACAAUGAGAAUGACCAAGUGUUCAGACAGGACGCUGAAGGUCACCGCUAUCCGAGGUUAAUCUCUGAGGGUUUCCCAGGGGUGUUCGGUCCCAUUGACACAGCCUUUUAUGACAGGAGGGACUCCCACAUCUACUUCUUCAAAAACACUCUCGUGUAUGCAUUCGAUGUGGAAGCCAACAGCUUGGCAAGAGGCUUCCCCAAAAACAUCAGAGAUGUUUUCCCUGCAGUGGAGAGCGGAGACCAUCCAGAUGGCAACAUUGACGCUGCCUACUUCUCCUACACCCACAAUGCCAUCUUUCUACUCAAGGGCACGCGCUUCUGGCAGGUGGUCGGCAGCCGCAAUCGCUGGCGCCGGCCCUUUCUGCCACGAAAUGGCCUGCUGCCACACAAGGAGGUGGACCAGCGCUGGUUUGACAUCUGCAACGUUCAUCCCACUGCACUCAAACUAACCCGCUGAGGUUGCUGAAGCAGUGAUUCAUUAAAUCUUACUGAUGUGUACUGAUAGGCUCUACUGAUGGAUUCUGUUUUACCUGUUGUUGUAUGUAUACAGUAAAUGUUUUUUUGUAAUGUUUAUCUAGAAUUUAACUGGAUAUUUCUGUUGGUCUAUUUUCAGUGAGGUGUGUUAUUAAUAUGUCAGCUGUCUUUCUCUCACUUAGAGAUGCCAGCUGCAUCUUGGCAUGAAAACAAUCCUAAAGGACCUUUUUAUGAUUAAGAUAUUUCAGGCAUAUGUGAGAAUAAAGUUAUGCGUAGAAUGUUUACUAAUUCAUCACACAGACACCUUGUUUACUUAUAAAAAUACUGUAUGUAUAAUGUAACAGAUACCUAUCAAUAUUUUCCUGAGCUGCUUUCUGUAAAGGCUGAUGUUCUUAUGUGCACUGGAGAAAUUCCUUUCAAAAUGGGAUGUUUAUGCAAAAACAUGAAAAAAUGUCAAAGCUCACUAUAUUCAUAUUGUUAGCUAUGUCACAUACACUGGAAAUAUAUCUUUUGAAGGAACAUGCAUUAAAGUAUCUGUACCAUUGUGAAUAUAUAAAAAUUUAAAUUGUUCAGAAGUGGAUUCAGGGUGAACUUACAGAUUGAAAGCUUAUGUUUUUUGAUGUAA